AUGAAAAGACUCCCCAUAAGGAGCCUUCGGGCGAGGCUCGUUCAGUACCCUGCCAGUAGGGUCCAUUUGACCAAGUGCAGUUUCUCCAGCGGUCAUAAUUACGAAACGUUUGCCAAGUGGAAAGAUGAGGGGGAUAUGUUUGGUGCUCAACACGACAACGUCAGAGGUGACAACGUAGGAAGUGGCAACCGCUCAUUUGGCAACGCCACAGGUAACUACGCCAUGGGUGAGAACACCCCAUUUGACAGCGUCGACUUUGACGACAACGUCGCUACGAGCCUCACCUUCGACAUCAGCGUGGACGAGGAGAAGUGGAAGAACCAGGAGGAAAUGGAGUACCAAAGGUUUAUGAGCACCGUGGGGUUAACACAUGGGAAGGGAAAUGUCCAUGCGCAUGCACACCACACUGAGAGUGCCACAGUGGGGGAUACCGAUGUAGAGCUCCUAAAAGGUAUGCUCAACAGAGGGGAAAAAAACGCCAACUCUGUAAUUGACGCGGUGACUCUAGUGAACAAGAAAAAAAACAUACUUCUCAACAUGGAAGAGAGAUACGCAAACAACUUCUUCAACCAAGUGGGUUAUCAAGUGCAGCAGAUAGACAGGCACAGUCUGAUCGAACUGCUAACGGGACUAAGCCAACUGAACAUGAAAAACAGAAUCCGUGAUUUGUGUUACGAGAUAGCCAAGAUGCUCAAAGGGGGGGAUCUGUCAAAAGAUAAACAGGAAAACAAACAAGAAAUAAAACUUUGUCUUCACUGUGUAACCGUGUUGAAUAGGCACUCUCUUUAUUUCUCCGAGUUUUACGAUUUUAUGGUUUCUAAAGUGGGGCACCUGGACACAGAUGGACUGGUGUCAUUUGCAGAGGAGUGUUACAAGCACAGCUUGAGGACGAAACAUUAUCUGGACAAACUAGUUCCUGUAUGUGUAGAAAAGGUAGGAGAGUUCAAUUUGAACCAACUAAAAAGUUUGUUCCACUCGUUUCAUCGGUUCUGCAAGGAAUACUCCAGUUUCUACGAUUGCGCUUUAGAUGCAGUGGUGAACGAUAUCGCCCACUUCGACUUACCCUUCUGUCAACUUGUAGUGAAGGUCGCCACGAAUUUUAAGCACUCCGACAGGUACGUCAAUUUGAUUAACUUAGUAAGCUCUCAUGUAAGUCUUCAGGUGAAACGACUGAACUCUGAGCAGGUGGGCUCGCAGAGCAAUCAGGGGGAGGAUUCUCCGUUGGAGAAUCAAAUAGGCUCCUCAAAGGUGGAAUACAAUGGUUCCUCGAACGUGGAUACUGAUGUAAUGUCAACAUGGAAAGACGCAGAAACAGAUGGAACUGUAAACCUGAAUAAGUGCAACAUAUCAGAGAUAGCACCUCAACACCACAUGUCUAGAAAAACCCAAGAGAUCAGCCAAAUGGUAAAAUGUUUGAAAUACAUGGAAUACAACAAAAAAAACGGAGUGAAGGUUAAAGAAGCAGUGAAUGAUAUCUGUGAGUUGCUACAGAGGAAUACACAGUUGAUUGGUCUCUUAGAUGUAGAAGAUGUGGUUCACGCAAUAAGUUGCUUCUCCUCAUACAACAAACGAAUCGUGUUGUACAAUAACUUCCUAGAUGUUCUAUGCGAACGAUCGAACGAUCUUCUUCAUGCGAAGAAUAUUUCCCUGUGGAUACACCCUAUCAUAAAUUUGGCCAAAAUUUCUUGGUUUCACAAGAACUACUUACGAAACGUGUUUGAUUAUGUGAAGGAUACCUACGUGCUUAGUCGACUGAGUGUCUUUCAAAUAUUGAAGGUGUUAUCUUCCAUCGUGAAAAUGAAUGUAUACGACGAGGAGGUGUAUAAGGUACUAAUCGAACAGGUCUACAAGGAAUGGGAUAUAAUCAAAGUAAAAAUGGUUGACGUUGCUACCUUUUUGUGGUCCUGUGCCUAUGUCAACAUCAUCUUUAAACCCCUCUUUGAUAGCUCCUACACCCUACUUAUAAACUCUUUAGAAAAAGAAUCCCUCAGUACAGAAAAUCAAAUGAUGAGUAGGAACUGCCUUGUCAACAUCACCUGGUCGUACAUUGUUGCAAAUUAUCAUAAAGCCAAUGAUAAUUUCCACUACAUUUUAAAUGCUACCUUUCUAGACAGAGACCCAGAUGACUCGCAAGCUUUCAAGAGGCUCCAUCAGAUUGCAGAUGCGUGUUUUACCGAGAUACCUCACUGUUUAGUCAACGUAGAUGCAGUGGAUUGUAUGUACAAGUACUGUAUGCAUGACAAGUGCAAAAUACUGAGGAACGAUUUUAGCGUUUACAAGAAAGAGAAGGACGCCUUGAAAAUGAGGAACAGAAUAUUAAAUGAACUAACACAUAUACUAAAAUGUUUUCAAGUCUCGUAUGAACUACACUUUGAGCCUUAUCACAACUCCCCCUACAUGAUUGAUAUCCUUCUGAAUGAGGGUAUGAAGAUAGGCAUCUGUCUCUUUGGCAAGGAACACCUGAUGCGCACUCUAGAAACGGCUAACUGGGAUCAUAUGAACAGCGGCUUCGUCUCCCUACAGAUGCGCGUCCUCCAUGCACACGGUUGGAAGAUCAUCCCCAUCAACGGCGGCCAGUGGCUUCAGAUGAACUCCGAGCAGAAGAAGGCCCUCCUGCGCGAAAACUUCAAGCGCUAUUCUAUUCUGAUAUGA